AGUCCCGGCGGGGUGCUACCGCAGCUGUCCGGAAGAUGGCGCUCUCUGCCUGCGCGGCUCUCGGGGCGCAGCGGGGAGGCACCAUUGACUGGAGCCCUAACGACCAUUAUUUCGUCAUCAUUUGUAACCAUGGAGCAUGAAUUACCUCUUGAAGUCAUCAGUGAGGAUUUACGACUGGUCAACAAAGGCACGUGAUUCCCGAACGCUCUCCCAUAUUUGGCCGCAUACCUGGCAAAGUACAGUAGGGCUUCAUUGCUUAUAAUUCAUGAUUGCAUCCAUAAAUCGUGCAAGCACACAGGAUUAUAGCGACAAAGAUCUACAAAUCGAGGCUUUAAAAAUCCAAGCAAAUGAGCUCUUACUUUGUAAACUCGUUCUCAGGGCGCUAUCCAAAUGGCUCCGACUAUCAGUUACUAAAUUAUGGGACUAACGGCGCUGUGAGCGGCUCCUUCAGAGACCCUGGCACCAUGCACUCCGGGUCUUUCGGCUACAACUACAAUGGCAUGGACCUAACCGUGAACCGCACCAACACCGGCGGCCACUUCGGGGCUGUGAGGGAGGAUGCCCGGGGAUUUGGGGCGGACGCCCGCUACAGACAGACGCCCAACUGCUCGCUGUCGUCUCCAGACCCGGUGCAGCCGCCGCCGCCGUCGUGCGCCACAGCCAGCCGGGAGCAGCUGGAACUAAAAAGCCCCUCUCCUCCCUCUGACCGGAGCGCGACCUCGGGCGGCAGCAGCCUCAACAAAAGCAACAGCGCUCAUUUCACGGAGAUAGAGGACGCCACGGUCGCAUCCGAGAGCGAGGAGGGCGCGCAUAGCAGCGGCGGCGGAGGCGGCGGAGGCUCCUCCGGCACGGCACCGCGGGCGCAGCAGCAGCAGCAGCAGCAGCACCAGGAGCCCAACGCCACCUCCUCCACUCCCACAGCAAACGACUGCCAAACGCCACAAAUAUUCCCGUGGAUGCGGAAGCUGCACAUAAGCCAUGAUAUGACUGGACCUGAUGGGAAAAGGGCCCGAACUGCGUACACCCGCUACCAGACGCUAGAGCUGGAGAAAGAGUUUCACUUCAAUAGGUACCUAACCAGACGGCGGAGGAUAGAGAUAGCCCACGCCCUGUGUCUUUCCGAAAGACAGAUCAAAAUCUGGUUUCAGAACCGCAGGAUGAAGUGGAAGAAGGACAAUAAACUGAAAAGCAUGAGCCUCGUAACGGGAGGGAGCGCCUUCCACAACUGAAUAACUUUUUGGUGGAGUUAAAAAAAAAACACAGAAAGAAAGAAAAAAAGAAAAACAUAAUAAGUUAAAAAAAAAAAGAACCCAUGAGUACUGUAAAGCUAUUUAAAGCGCAGCACCUUCCAGCAUGCCAUUGUGAUAGAAAAAGAAGUAUUCUGUGGUCUUAAAAUGCCAUUUUUAGUUCACUGUUGUUGUAGCUUAGAUGUGGAAAAUAAGAUGUAAAUAUCGCAGGGCUGGGGAGUUAUCUGUCCAUCUCUCCUCUCUCUUUCUGUCUCUUUCUGUCUUUCUCUUGAAGGUGUUUCAACUUGAGCUCUUUAUUGUAACUUCUCCGCGGUCUAACAGGAGUAAAUUCAUUGUACAGUAAAAACAAAACAAAACACACGUUUAAAAAAAGGAAAAGAAAAGAAGAAGUUUCCAAACCACAUGCUGCUCUUCAUUGAAUGUAAUGUAUUCCGGGGGCCAUUCAAAGCGCUUUAGUGUAACUUUUACUGCUAUUUUUGAUGGUUAACUUGUGGCCAAGAUCCAUAAACUUUCAAGCCAAUGUGUAGCUCUAGGAUAUUUUGUGCAUCUGUUAUUAUUAUUAUUAUUAUUAUUAUUAUAAUUAUUAUUAUUAUUACCAUUGUUUAGGACUAAUUAUGAGCAAUGCAAAUGUAUUCAACCUGUCAAUGUGAUAAAUUUUUAGUGCAAAGGGUUAUUCUGUGGAUAGGCAGUGAUGUAAGCUUUUUUCUCCAAUAAGCUUUUUGUAUUUGUAAGUGAACUCAUAGCGCUUGAA